CACCUUGUCCCACCUGUACUUCCCUGGCGUUUCAGCGCAGGCAUAACCCGUACAGCCGUUAUGUAGUUAAGCUCUUAACUUAUGGAAGGCAGCACGGGCGUGUAUACAGUAUGAUACAAUACUUUUUGUUCAGCUUUUUGUAACACUCAAUCCCCAAACCUUUCCUUCUUCUCUAUACUUUUAAAGUACGUGCAUAAUCCUUGCGCCUUCAUCCGUAUUUUCUAGCUUUGCCCCCUGCAUUGCAUCCUUAAUCGACUGCUGGUUUGUUCAGCUUAGCCUUAACUAUUAGGUAUACCUCUAUUACGACAUUCCGUUCCUUCCACCACACGAGCUCAUCACCGUUGUCGAUUCCGCCGAUCGCCUUACCUUCGAUUCUAAAUAGCGACAAAAACAGCUUGUCAAACCGGGGCCAUGUCUCUCUUUGGUACCUCCCCUCCAAACGAAACCCCGUCUUCCGGUAAUCCAAGCAUGGGGCGAUCUCGAACGUCCUUGUUCGACGACGACGGACCUACGACUCGGUCGACUUCGGAUAGUCUCUUCAACGAUGACGACUUCGGCAGCGGUAGAGCUUCGCCUUGGGAUAUGCCGACCCCUAGGAAACAACAAUCGCGUGCCGACCUUCUUCGGAGACUCCUCGACGGUGUCGAUGUACCAGAUAGCUACAUCGAGGCAUUCGACAAGGCUGUACAGGAGGAUGGAAGCGCCGGCAAGGUCACAUCGUCAGGCGUCGCUAAGACGCUUGCCGCAGCUAAGUUAGGUGCCGACGAUCAAGCGCAAAUAAUGGGGAUACUUGCGCCGGCUGGUAGCCUCGAUACGAUCGGUCGCAAUGAGUUUAACGUGUUAAUGGCUCUUAUCGGCCUCGCGCAAGAAGGUGAAUCUAUAAGUUUAGACGGCGUUGAUGAGCGAAGACGUAACUUGCCGCAAGCCCAAUUAUCAUCAGUGUCGGCCAAGAAAUCCAUCUUUCCAGAUACUGCAGAACUUGCAGCAAAACCACCCCAGCAACCCGAUAAUCUGCCUAUCCCCUUCAGUUCGCAAUCCCGAGAGAGAAAAUCAUCCAUGGACGGCCCCGAAGACGACCCGUGGAAUUCAGCCGAAGUCCACAAACACCAUAACCACGGAGAGUCACCCAAGACCAACGGUGCUAACCAUGCUACUCCGCUGAAUGGUAAUGGUUACGGAAAUUCCGAUACCCCUAAUAUGCACCCUCGCACGACCUCCAAUUUCACCACCUCUACAAUGGCUUCAGCCGGCGGCGUUCGCUCUCAAUCUGUUGGCGGCUCCGUAUCUUCGAAUCCAGGUGGCUGGGGAUAUUACGACGGAAAUAACGCCGGAGGCCUCGGCGAAGCAUCCUCCCAUAAUCCGACAAAUCCUUUUGGAAUUCCGGGCGAUAGAGAAGGUCGCGAUCCGGGUCCUAACGCAACAAUUGGCCAUUCUAGGACCAUUAGUGGUGGUCGGUCUGGCAUUGCAGUUGACGAGAACAUCACGGUUUCGCUGAUGCCGGAAAAGGAGGGCGUGUUCUUAUUCCAACACCACAAUUACGAGGUCACGAGUUCACGACGCGGCAGCAAAGUUAUUCGCAGAUAUAGCGAUUUCGUAUGGUUACUCGAUUGCUUGCAUAAGAGAUAUCCAUUUCGAGCAUUGCCUCUACUUCCACCAAAGAGAGUCGCAGUCAAUGGCAACCACCUUUCCAACGACGGCGCAUUUAUCGAGAAGCGAAGACGUGGCCUGGCCAGGUUCCUGAACACACUAGUCCGGCAUCCUGUCUUGGGCCAGGAGCAACUUGUUAUAAUGUUCUUGACUGUCCCAACGGAACUUACAGUAUGGCGCAAACAAGCAGCAAUCUCGGUGGUUGAUGAAUUCGCCGGCCGGUCGCUACCGCCUGGUCUUGAAGAAUCCCUGCCGCCCUCGUUGGAGGACCUUUUCGAGCGCACUAGACAGGGUAUUAAACGGUCCGCCGAAUUGUACAUCUCGACUUGUAACAUCAUGGACCGUCUUGUGAAGCGGAGCGAGGGUGUGGCAGCUGAUCACGGCCGCUUGGCUAUGUCUCUUACGUCCCUCACCGAAGCAAGCUCGGAUACUUACGCUACUGAUACUAACGACGUGCCUCUUUUGAAUGACGGCCUGGUUGCUAUGAGCCGACACUUACAAACCACCCAAAGCUUAAUGGAGGAUGAAAGCAAGGCGUGGGAUGCAGGUGUGUUGGAAGACCUGAAGAGGCAGCGCGACGCACUCGUCAGUAUUAGGGAACUAUUCGAUCGAAGGGAAAGGCUAGACAAAGACAACAUCCCAUAUUUAGAACGGAGGAUCAAGAAUAAUGAGACGAAGCUCGCAGGUUUACGAACCAGGCCAGACGUCAAGCCGGGAGAGAUUGAGAAGGUGGUCGAGGCCAUUAUAAAGGAUAAGGAGUCUAUCGUUAACCAGCACAAUCGUUCUAUAUUUGUGAGAGAGUGCCUGCGUGACGAACUUAUCAACUUCCAGCACACACAGUUCCACGUCAGCCGGUGGAACCAAGACUGGGCACAGGAGCGUGUCAAGUAUUCGGAGAUGCUGGCUGACAAUUGGCGUCGUCUGCUCGACGAGCUCGAGGGUAUGCCCCUUGGCGACUAGAACUCUCGGCGAGGAACGACCAAGGGCAAGACUACUAUUAAAGUACGGAUCAGCGGAGAAACCAGUGGAGCAGCAACGAGAUAUCGACGAGUAAUAGUCGCAUCUUGAGGGCUGAGAUAUUAAUGGUUGCAUAAUGCUAGACUGCAUACCUUUGGGCUUGUGGGGUGCAUUGCCCCUUAUUGGAGUUGGUGAGAUAGCAUGCUGUACUCGUUUUUCUUUCUAGUUUCUACAAGGGGAUUGGAGCAUAUUGAGGAGGAAGUCGCAGUUAUCACACGAUACCCCUUCAUUCGUUUCCAUUACACAUUAUUAGUAAUUUGUCUGUAUGAGAGCUGCCUAGUUACAAUGUCCUUGUAACUUGAUAGGUGUGGUUGGAACGAGUAGAAGAUCUGGUGAAGUGAGAAUGGAAAUAAUACCCGAUUAAGACUGAGGCUGGUAACAUGGUACGCGAUUGUGAAUUUAGAACUUUAGGUUGGUAAAUUGCUUACCUACCUACAUAAUCUAACCUAGUAACUGU